AUGUCAAAUCGAGCAUGGGUGACGUUAGCUACAAACGACUCGUACGGGCUGGGAGCCCUGGUGCUGGCGAACUCGUUGCGCCGCGUCAACUCCGCCUUCCCAGCUGUGGUGCUUAUCACACCAUCCGUCACUGAGCCUAUGAGAGACCGCCUUCGCGCAGCUUUCGCUGAAGUAGUAACUGUGGACGUGCUUGACUCGCGCGAUGCUACCCACCUGGCUCUGCUGCAGCGUCCCGAACUGGGCAUCACCUUCACAAAGAUCCACUGCUGGAAUCUAACCCAAUACGAGAAAUGCGUUUUCCUAGAUGCUGAUAUUUUGGUGGUUCAAAACUGCGAUGAGUUGUUUGAACGCGAACAGCUGUCCGCUGCACCUGACGUCGGCUGGCCCGACUGCUUUAAUUCCGGUGUGUUCGUUUUUACGCCCUCGGCUGACACAUUUUCCCAGCUCAUCACAUUUGCACAGGAACGCGGCAGUUUUGACGGUGGAGACCAAGGCUUGUUGAACUCUUUCUUCUCGGAAUGGGCACGUGGUGACAUCAACAAACAUCUACCUUUCCUAUACAAUGUUACUUCAGCAGCCUUCUACUCUUAUUUACCCGCAUUAAAGCAUUACGGUCAGAAUUUGAAAAUAAUUCACUUCAUCGGUGCUGCUAAGCCAUGGCUACAACAAUACAACUUCGAGUCCAGCACAGUUGAAGCACCAGAGCACAUCCGCGGUUUUCUUCAGCUCUGGUGGGAUAUCUUCGUCUCUCUGGUCCAUCCUCAACUCGACACCGCCAUGGUUGAGGUGGAGGAAACUUCUGAAGUGCCAGCGAUACCUCCACAAGAUGUCAGCCACCGAUACCACUAUCAACCUAUUAUGGAUCCUCAGUCGGAAUUCGCUUGGCAUCAUCCCGAUGUACAAAAAAUGGAAGAGACUCACGAAAAUCAAUUAGAUAUAUCAGAAUUUCAUAAUCCCUGGGAUCUUUAUAGAGGACAUAUUGCAGCAAAUACAGAAAUUGGAAUUAGUCCUUCUACUGAAUUAGUUAGACUUGAAAAUCGAGAAGAAAUGAGAAAAUAUGUGUGGGAACAUGGAACUCAGGAGGAUAGCAACAGCGAUAAUCAGUCGUACCAUAAUGAUCAUCACUGGCAAAAUAAUCCCCAAGAACACGUACACCAUAUUGAAUCCAAUCCCGAACAACACGAACAACUGGAGCAACGUAUGAACAAUACUGAACAAUACUGGCAACCUCCUUCUCAACAACUAGAAUCCCACUGGCACUCUGAUCCCACUGAUCCCCAGUAUUACGAUCACCAUAGGCAACCAAAUUCCCAGCAACACGAACCGCAUUGUCAACCCCAGGCACGCGAAUCCCAUUGGGAACCUAAUCCUCAUCAACACGAACAUCAGUGCCAACCUGAUCCUCAACAGCAAGAACCUCACUGGCAACCUCAUACUCAACAACACGAAAGUCACUUACAAUCUAAUCCUCAAGAACACAAACAGCACUGGCAUGAAGACCACAAUCAUAAAAGUAAUCAUGAUCAUGUACAUGACUGUCACUCACACGACUAUAACUCGCACACACAGAACCAACAUAAUCACAAACAUGAUAAGUCUAGUUCCUCAUACAAUCACGAUUCACAGAAGCAAUAUCCUAUUGUAGAGGAGGUUGAGGUAUACAAUAAUUGUUUACAAAGACUGAACUGCAUCGAUUCUCACAAAAGUGAAGAAAUGAAUGGAGAUAUUUCGGAAAGUGAAAGUGAUUAUCACGAAGAAAUACCGCCAAGGCAUCCUUAUGAUGGCUUCUAUUUAAGGCAUCGAAUCACUAUAGACGCUCGUGGAAGAAAGAUAUGUUCGCAUGAAAUACCACCAUCCCCUCCACCUGACUUAAAGGCACCUGCAAACAAUAUCUCAUCUAUUGCCGAGGAUGAACAAAUCUUAAUAUAUAAUGUUGAAGUGCAAAGUGGCGUCGCUGGUAACUUAGCUCGAGUGCUGCCAGGAGCACCUGGACAACGUGAAGCUCUGGAUGAGCUUACGCGCCGCCAGGGUUGGGAAGCUGGAAAUAUCGAUUACAUGGGAGCCGAUUCCUUUGAUAAUAUUUGGGCGAAAAUCUCGCAGACAUUGAAUAGACCUCGCUCCUCACCACCUAAACAAUCUCCUCCUAAAGAAAUAGCUCCUCCGCAAUCGGCACCAGAACAGAUAGAAGUUCAGACAGGUGAAGCCGCCAAAGAGCCAGUGUCUGAACAAGUGGAGGUCGCGAAAGAAGCUGCACCAGAGGAAGCUGUCUCUAUAAAAUCGUCUCAGGUACAAGAGGUUGCGGAAGCACCUGCACAAGAACCCGUUGCGCCAAUAACAACUGCAACGCCUCUUGAAGCUGCUGUACCAGUAGAUGCCGCAACUCCAGUAGCGGCUACGGGGUCAGUUGACGAGAAUAAUUCACUGGAAACUCCAACAGUCAAAGGUGAUACGCCACUGGAAGCUGUUGUUCCAGCAGAAACUUGUACACCAGUUGAAGCUGCUGCGCUAGUUGAAGCUGUUGCACCUGUUGAACCUGCUGCACCAGUUGAAGCUGUUGCACCCGUUGAACCUGUUGCACCUGUUGCACCAGUUGCACCAGUUGAACCUGUUGCACCAGUUGAACCUGUUGCACCAGUUGAACCUGUCGCACCAAUUGAAGCUGUUGCACCAGUAGAAACUGCUGUACCAGUUAAAGCUGUUGCACUAGUUGAAGCUGUUGCACCAGUAGAAACUGCUGCACCAGUUGAAGCUAAUGUACCAGUUGAUGCUUCUGAAGCCGUUGAAGCUGCUUCACCAGCAGAAUCUUCUGCAACAGUUGAAACUAGUGCACCAAAUGAAGCUGCUGCUCAAGUUGAAGCACCUAAAGAUGCCUCUCCUACAACUGAAAUUCCUGUGAGCGUAGAACCUGCUGCAGCAGAAAUUGCCACAUCAGCUAAGGCGGUGGUUCCUGAAGUACAAUCUUUUAGUGACCCUGCAAAGUUAGAGACCCUAGCGGUCGCAGCGAAAGUCGCCAAUUCUUCGGAGCAAAAGACUGAAACUCCUGUGACAUCAGAACCUGCCAAAGAUGUAGCGGCUGUGCCUGUAUGUGAACCAGUGAUUGAAGCUCCUAAAGUUGUACAACCAGUUGAAGCGGCGCCGACGACAACGGCAACUGAUACUGCCGCACUUCAGGCUACCCCUGAGAAACAGACCAUAGAGGCCACAGGGGUUUCUAGUGAAAGCCCCCCGCUCGCAAACACACCACCCAAGGAAGAAGUCUCCGUUGUCCCGGCUGCCAAAUCGGAGGAGCGUCGCAAGCCGGCGGGGAAGCUGAAGCUGGUACCGCCUGCGGUGGCCGACCCGCUUCCCACCCCCGACAGUGAGCUCGAGGACGCCGCCACGCUCGCUCAGUCCAUCAUCGCCAGCGAGCUGCGCACCCCCACUGUCACGUCCCCCGAGCCCGCCGCCCCGCUCUCCCCACCACCCGCACCUCAGCUCAAGCAGGCACUGUCCGUCGAGGAGCCUGAAGUGCCGACGCCGCCCGUGGGCGCCGUGUCGCUGGCGCAAAUUGGCGUUAAGUCACCAUCCAAAAAUAAAUCUACAACCGCUGCACAGAUUGAAUCGUCGGUAGUGGAAACGCCCCCAUCGGGAGUUACAGAUUUACCAUCAGCUUCGGCGGAGAUGAUCCCAGUAACGGUAGAGGCAAUUUCAUCACCAGUGGAAGCGACAGCAGCCUCUGUCUCGGAGGAAGCGAAAUCACCUAAAGUCCCGAAAGAGUCGCCGGCGGCCCCUCCAGCGGACGUUCCCAAGAAAAAGGUCGUAAAGAAGGUGGUGAAGAAAGAGGCCGGUGCGACGGGACCCGAUGUGCCUGUGCCGCCACCUCGCAAGAAGGAAAAGAAACCCAAAGAAAAGUGA